UCGGCGGCGGCCGGAGCGGGGAGAGGAGCGCGGAGCCCGCAGCAUCCCCCGCACCCGAGCGGCGAGAAAGCGCGGAACGCAGGAGAGGGACCGGGGGGAGAGGGGGCGAAACCCACCGCCCCACCAGCAGCCGCGGCGAAUUCCCUGCGAUCCUGAGCUCGGCGGAUCCGCAUCCCGGCUCCAUCCCCCGGCGCUGCGGGCACAGCAUGGGCGGAGGAGCCCCGCGCCUGGACCCGCGGCUGCUGCUGCUGCUGCUGGGGCUGUGCAGCUGGACCAGCGCGCUGCGAGGCAAUGAUAACAGCGAGGCCCUCCCCGAGUCCAUCCCCUCUGCCCCCGGGACGCUCCCGCACUUCAUGGAGGAGCCGGACGACUCCUACAUCAUCAAGAGCAACCCCAUCGUGCUGCGCUGCAAGGCCAAGCCAGCCAUGCAGAUCUUCUUCAAGUGCAACGGGGAGUGGGUCCACCAGAACGAGCACGUGUCCGAGGAGAGCCUGGACGAGGCCACCGGGCUGAAGGUCCGGGAGGUUUUCAUCAACGUGACGAGGCAGCAGGUGGAGGAUUUCCACGGCCCAGAGGAUUACUGGUGCCAGUGCGUGGCCUGGAGCCACCUGGGCACCUCCAAGAGCAGGAAGGCGUCCGUGCGCAUCGCCUAUCUGCGGAAGAACUUCGAGCAAGACCCGCAGGGGAAGGAGGUUCCCAUCGAGGGGAUGAUCGUCCUGCACUGCCGACCCCCCGAGGGGGUCCCUGCGGCCGAGGUGGAGUGGCUGAAGAACGAGGAGCCCAUCGACUCCAACCUGGACGAGAACAUCGACACCAGGGCCGACCACAACCUCAUCAUCCGCCAGGCGCGGCUGUCGGACUCGGGCAACUACACGUGCAUGGCUGCCAACAUCGUGGCCAAGCGGAGGAGCCUGUCUGCCACCGUGGUGGUGUACGUGAACGGGGGGUGGUCGUCGUGGACCGAGUGGUCCAACUGCAACGCGCGCUGCGGCCGGGGCUGGCAGAAACGCUCGCGGACCUGCACCAACCCCGCCCCGCUCAACGGGGGGGCCUUCUGCGAGGGCAUGUCCGUGCAGAAAAUCACCUGCACCUCCCUCUGCCCCGUGGACGGCAGCUGGGAGGUGUGGAGCGAGUGGUCUGUGUGCAGCCCUGAGUGCGAGCACCUGAGGGUCCGGGAGUGCAUCGCUCCCCCGCCCCGCAACGGCGGCAAGUUCUGCGAGGGCCUGGGCCAGGAGUCGGAGAACUGCACCGAGGGGCUCUGCAUCCAAGAUAAAAAACCUCUUCAUGAAAUAAAACCCCAAAAUCUGGAGGCCGCCAGUGACAUCGCCCUGUACUCCGGGCUGGGGGCCGCGGUGCUGGCGGUGGCCGUGCUGGUGGUCGGCGUCACCCUGUACAGGCGCAGUCAGAGUGAGUACGGCGUGGAUGUCAUUGAUUCCUCUGCACUCACGGGAGGCUUCCAGGCAUUUAAUUUUAAGACAGUCAGACAAGGUAACUCCCUGCUCCUGAACUCCUCCAUGCAGCCCGACCUGACCGUCAGCAGGACCUACAGCGGCCCCAUCUGCCUGCAGGACCCCAUGGACAAGGAGCUGAUGACGGAAUCCUCCCUGUUCAACCCCCUGUCCGACAUCAAGGUCAAGGUGCAGAGCUCCUUCAUGGUGUCCCUGGGGGUGACGGAGAGGGCAGAGUUCCACGGGAAGGCCCAUCCUGGAACCUUCCCCCAUGGGAACCACCGGGCAUUCGGGACCAUCCAGGCCAGGAACAAGGCCAUGUACAUCCAGAACCUGGCUUCCCUCUCCACCACCAGCGAGCUCAGGACAACGGCCCUUUUUGGGCACCUGGGGGGCCGUCUGGUGGUUCCAAACACAGGAGUCAGUCUGUUGAUCCCACAUGGAGCUAUUCCUGAAGAGAGUUCCUGGGAAAUCUACCUUGCCAUCGCUCAGAAGGAGUCCAGCCUGCAGCCCGAGGGCUCGGCCGUGCUGCUGGGGCCGGAGGUGACGUGCGGGCCCCCGGAGGUGUCGGUGAGCACCCCCUUCGCCCUGACCAUCCCCCACUGCGCAGAGGUGAACCCCGAGCACUGGAACAUCCACCUCAAGAGGAGGACACAGCAGGGGAAGUGGGAGGAAGUGAUGUCUGUGGAAGAGGAAACUACUUCUUGCUACUGCCUGUUGGAUCCUUAUGCCUGUCACAUUCUCUUAAACAGCUUUGGAACUUAUGCCCUAAUUGGGGAACCCAUCUCUGACUGCGCCGCUCGACAGCUGAAAGUCGCCGUUUUUGGCUGCCUGUCUUGCAAUUCUCUGGAUUACAAUCUGAGAGUUUAUUGCAUGGAUAACACCCCUUGUGCAUUCCAGGAGGUGGUUUCGGAUGAAAGGCUCCAAGGAGGGCAAUUACUGGAGGAACCAAAACUUCUGCAUUUUAAAGGAAAUACCUGCAGUCUCCAGAUCUCAGUCCUGGAUAUCCCUCCCUUCCUCUGGAGAAUUAAACCAUUUACUGCAUGUCAGGAGGUGCCGUUCUCGCGCGUGUGGCGCGGCAGUGCCCGGCCCUUGCUCUGUGCCUUCUCCCUGGAGCGCUACAGCCCCGGCACCACCCAGCUCAGCUGCAAGGUCUGCGUGAGGCAGCUCAAGGGCCACGAGCAGGUCCUGCACGUCCAGACCUCCAUCCUCGAGAGCGAAAGAGAAACCAUCACUUUUUUUGCACACGACGACAGCAACUUCCCUGCCCAGGUGGGCCCCAAGGCUUUCAAGAUCCCCUUCUCCAUCAGGCAGCGGAUCUGCGCCACCUUCGACACCCCCAGCGCCAAGGGCAAGGACUGGCAGAUGCUGGCACAGAAAAACAGCAUCAACAGGAAUCUCUCCUACUUUGCCACGCAGAGCAGCCCCUCCGCCGUCAUCCUGGACCUGUGGGAAGCGCGGCACCAGCACGACGGGGACCUGGACUCGCUGGCCUGCGCCCUGGAGGAGAUCGGGAGGACGCACUCCAAAAUCUGCGACAUCACAGAGACUGAGCUGGAGGAGCCCGACUUCAGCUACAGCCGCCAGAACGGGCUUUAGUCCCUUCCCCCCCUGCCCAGCUCUGGGAUCUGACACCGCAGGUUCCCUGGGCAGGGAGGAGAGAAGGGAUUCUGGCACCUGUGGAUGGGAACUCCCGUCCCACGGGGCGGUUCUCGGUGGGAGGAGCAGAAGCAGCCCUGCUAAAAAAAAAACCAUCUGGUGAUAAGGAAAACCACGACCUUCUCCCCCACCCUGUCCUCCCUCGUUUUAAAACUCACCUGGUCAAAAAGUCCAAAACAAAAACCACACAUCUGGCAAUCCUGGGGCAGGAAGGAGAGAGGCACAGAGCCGUGGAAGGUAAAUGUUACAUGACAGUGUAUGUUUAGGAACAGUAACGCUGAUAUAAUGCCUAGUGAGAAUCAACAGAUAUUGGGUAUUUAGAGCCACUGGAGGUUAAUCCUGGUUUAAAGGUUUGGCACUUCAAGAGUGGUUUAAAAUCCCGUUCGAGAGCGUCACGUUGUCACUUUAUGUCUGCUACAGGAAAACUGACAGUUUGGCCUUAUCCUGUUCAGAUGCUUGAGGAAUUAGAAGAUUCCCGUAAUUAUUCCAUAUCAUGUGCAUUCCAGACAAUUUCUUUUAAAAAUUCGAUCCCUUCAUGAAUGUACAUUUGCUGCAGAGCUUUCCUGCCUGCUCUGCUCCCAAAAUUAGAGGACAAAACCCCUCUCUGUGAAAUUGGGGUGUUGCACAAGCAAGAGGAGUUUUCUAAUUUUCUUGGUUUGCAAACUUCGACUUAGUCAAAAACUGUUUCCUUGGGGGUAGAUUUAAAUAACCAAAUAACACAUGGGAAAUUUCAAGCCCUAUUUUAGCAACUUUACAUAUUUUUAUUUUUUUUUAUUCCUUCAUGUUCUGGGGCUAAACUAAGUGAAGGUGAAGUCAAUCAGCAGAGCUUAAUUUUGGUUUCAGACUGAAACAAUAAGGCCCACGUGGUACUGCCAAAAGUGGGCUUGGGAAUUUCACAGGAUGCAGAGCUGGCUGUGUUACACUUGGUUUAGCCACAAAUUGCAUUUCCCACCACAAUCAGAACCCAGCUAGAGAAUUCACCUUAUUUUUUACCCAUUUCAUACAAAUCUAAUUUCUUACAUCAACCGAACCAAAAAGAGCUGUCACUGUGAGCGAGGGGCCUGGUGGAACUGGUGCUGAGCCAAAUUUAACCCUUAUUUUCACCCCUAUCCUUCCCAGUUAGCCAAGGUGCUCGUUGGGUCAGUGUGGGCCACAGGAGCACAUUCAGGAUAAAGCAGGAACAGAAAGGAGGCUUCAGGAGCUUUAGGGAAAUGAAAGAAACUCAAAACGGGCAUUUUGGGGCUUUCUUCCCCCCCUUGUAUUUGGCCCUGAGCUGCACAAUAGGGCAGGUCCAGAGAGCAAAUCUCUAACAAUCUUUACCCAGGAUUCCAGGUCUGGAAAGCCUGAACAACAACUCUUGACUCGUUCCUGCUGCUCUGGAACUGCAAAAUGUCAUUGCCUUCCCAGCUCAGCAGGCUUGGAAUAGUCUGAGACUUAUAAAUACUGAGACUUCUGCAAACGUUUUCUGCACUUCAGUAUUUCAUGGAGCCUGACAGGCUGGUUGCUGUUUGCAGGGUGGCUGCGAGCAGGUUUGGGGCUGAGACACAAACACCGGCUGAUUUGGCAGCAGGCUGUCACUGCUUUUAGCAGCACAUGCUUCUAUCUGGGUUUUGAAUUAUAUUUCUAGUGACUGCCAGUCCUCCUCCCCCUCAGAAACCUGUUCUUCAUUGGACAAAACGCUGGGAAUUAGGAAAAAAAAAAAAAGGAAAACCAAAAUAAGGAAUGGCACCCAGGGAAAAGUGGCGGAGUUUUGGGAGCUGUUGUUGUCUGGGAAACCAGCUCCAGCCUCUCUCUCUCCAGCAGGGAGAUUGUUCUCAGCUCCUCAGCUCUGCCUGCUCAGCAGCUCUCUGGGCUGGGGUCCUCCAAAAUGCAGGUUCCCAGGAUGUCCAGUGCCGGAGUGGGCUGGAAAAAAAAAAACCAACCCCAAAAAAAGCAGGAUUAGAGGCCAGAACCUAAAAAUGUGUUCCUUCUCUCUAGUUUAUAAAUUAUUAGAUUUGAAAAACAAUUUUCACCAGCUAGAAAGCGAGAGAAAUGUAAUUUUACACACAUUAGAUUCCGCCUGGCUGCCCUGAGUCUGAUCAGGUGAACCAGCCAUUUUGAUUUUACAUCACCAAAGAAUCUGCUCUAAUAUAUUUUCAUCUUCCUAAGCACUCUGCCCAGGUACUUCUGUGCUGUGAGUCAUUUAAGACUAAUAGCUGCAUUCUAAAAAUGACUUACAGUUGUGUCAGCACAAUGUGCAGUCCCAGCUCUGCCAGCCACAGCACCAUAAAGCUCAUUUACAGUCUGUACAACCCUGAACUCCCACAAAAAAUUUUAUUGGCCUUUUUGUAAUAGAUGAAAAGAUACCAACACAAUUCUCUUAAGAUACGGGGAACUGGGUUUGUUAUUAUUUUUAUCUCUGGCAACAGCUGGUCUCCCCCUCUCUGGCUUUGCAGCAGGGUCAGAGAAGCUUAUUCAGCAUAAAUCACCCAAACAGGGAUCCUGCAGGACUCCAGGGGUUUAACAUCACACCACAAGGCCCUUCUUUUCUUUCCCCUUGUGAGUUUUAACACAUUCAGCAGCUGAGCAGUUCCAGAGCAUAUUUCCCACCACAAAAAAAUCCAGCUUUGUGUACACAAAGAACUCAAACAGAGGAGGAACUGUGCUGGGCUUCUGCUCAUGAGUUCUAUCUUUUUUUUUUUUUUCUCCAGGCUGUUUCUGCCUGUAGAACACAGAUUUAAGCAAAGGGGCUGCAUUAGUUCUCGGAAGGUAAUUAACUGAGUGGAAAAAACAGGAAAUUAGAUUUCCAAGUCCUUACCAACUGUGAAUGAUCUCAAGAGUCGUCUUUCUGGCCUUUCUCUGGUUUCACUGAUCCCCAGGAAUUUCUCCACCUGUUUCCCAGCAGCAGAGGUGGUGAGAAUGACUCCCCGAGGACCUUUGCCAUGUUAACCCUGCUGAGGGAGGUUUUCUAGGGGUUCUUCAUUCCUGGGACGUGGUUUGGUGGAAUUACUCCCUCGACACUGUCCUUGUUUCAGCAGAGGCUGGAGGGUUUUCCAGGGCAGCAGUGAAAUGGCACCUGUGUCCUUUCCUGGACAAAUAACAAUGGCCUGGUUAAAAUGACUUAAAGGAUUCCUGAGCAAACACAGUAACUUCAAACACACAACACCUGUAGCCACAAACAACACUCAGUAUGCUGGCAAACACCAUGAAUCAUUUUCUAGUAAUGCCUUCUCUCUCGUCGCCAAUACCAGCAGAAAUGGUAGCAAAAAGUCUCCUUUCCAACACAGACAGAAAGAAGUAAAUCACUCUAAGAUUAAAGACUCGCUUAGAGAAUUGUUUGGUAGUAACAGUGCAGGAGGCAGAACCCGAGUUCUGCUCAUUGCCACAAGUAAAGGAAAAACCUGUCCGUAUCCGUGUCCACUGUUCUGUCCAGAAAUAACAUAAGUGUCUAGGAAUUUGCCACUAUAUUUUUUGUAUUAGAGGUGAAUAGUACAGAUUCUUACUAGUGUUUCUUGUCUGGGGCUCGGGGGGGUCGGGGUGUAUUGUAAUUUUCAAGCUAUUGCAAAAGCUGCUUUAACUGAGCUGUUGAGUUGUCUUGACUGGUUUGUGCUUUACAAGGGAGCCCGGGUGGGGCAGCUGGAGCUGAGAAGCCACCUGAGAGCUGUGGGGACAGGGGACAGGGGUUGGUGGGCUGGCCCUGCUGGGUGCUGUGCCCAGCCAGAGCCUCCCCUCCCGCAGGGCUCGUGUUCAGCAGCCGCUCCCUCCGUCCGCCCCGCUGUGAAAUCCCCGGUCCAGAAGUGUCCUGCUGCGGGCCUGGGGAGGUGUCAAACCCCUGUGUUACCCGGUCUCUGUACAUAAAUCCUGCUGUCCAACCCCAGAAGGAACGUGUAGCACCCAGGGGGACUUCAGGGGCGUUCUGCACCCAAGCCUGGCUCGAGCUUUUGUGGAGACACGGAUCUCACAGCCAGGGGAUCUGCCACGGGGAAAGGGGAAUGUUCCCCUCCCAGAUCCUCCCACGGAACUGCCUGAUGCUCUGGGUUCGCAGCUGAAAACCCCUGGUACUCCCCACACACACUGAAACCUGGAGCAUCAGCCCUGUGGUGGUGGUGCCUUUUCAGCCGAUUCCUUCGGAUUUCCCCCCGUUUGGGCACUGAAGGUGGAAGGGGAGGGAGGAAUAUUUUUAGGUGAAGCUGUAGAUUUUUUUUGCAUCCUUUCCACUAAAACCCAGCCCCCAUCCCUGAUCCUCAGGGAGUUCCCUGACUGCAGCCCUGAGCAGUGCAUACACACACACAAAUAAAUGCCUCAUGUAUUCACUCCUGACAUCACAGAAUUCGUGACCUGGGAGAUGGAGUUGCCUCCUCCCACCUCUUAAUCCAGCUCCUCCCACUGUGACUCUGAUUCCAGUUGACACCUGGGUCCAAAAACGUUAAUUUUGCACCUUCUGCUGAUUUGGAUGAAGUACAGUUGGACUGGUCAGACUCAGAACAAUGUUACACACAACAAGAGCUAACACACCACAACAACAAAAAUUUCAUUCAGCUUCCAAAACUUCUGACCAGCCCUUUGGUUGAAAAGAGGAGGGGGGAACUUCAACCUAAUCACGCAAAACGUAAAUUAUUUUUUAAAAAGUGGAAAAAAAAAAAGAAAAAAACAAACCCACAAGUAUUCCUCUAGAGAGACCCUAUUUUCUCUUCUGCUCCUUUAUUUUUGCGAUGAAGAGGUUCUGAAAACGUUGGUUCUGGGCUCAUUUGACUGAGCAUCCUUCCCUCCCCCGGGUCCAGUGUGUUUAGAAAUGAAGGAGAGCAGAGGUUUGAACGCUUUCUUUAGUAUGAAGCUGAAGGAGUAGGGAAGAGAGACAGAACAUGAGAUCAAAAGCAUGGCCUUGGCUUCAUACCACACUUUUCUGUGCCUUGUUCUAUCAAUGUAAAUUCUGAAUGUUGUACAGUAAAAUAACUUGGGAAAGACUCCUUGGAAAAAGGCUGCACUGGCUUCUUUUUUUCAGCACAUGUACAUAUAUAAAUAUAUAUACAUAGAUAUAUUUGGUAAUGGCAGCCAGCUGUGUUAUAUUGUACUGAGAGAGGAACCCUGGGCAGUUUGGGGGUUUUCUGUGGGGUUUGCAGAGCUGUACGGCCCCGGCCCUUGGGAGAGAUGUACAGGUGGGAGCUCCUGCAUAUCAGUUAUUUAUGAAUAAAGAGUCUUUUACUGA